AUGACUUCAAUUAUAAAAUUACACUGUAUCUCUGGAACUGGGGAUGAAACGCCGCCAUGCUAUGUAUUACAAAUUGACGAAUUCAAAUUCCUGUUGGACUGCGGAUGGGAUGAGAAAUUCGACAUGGAUUUUAUAAAGGAGUUAAAGCGACAUAUUAACAGUAUAGAUGCAGUACUUCUAUCUCACUCUGAUCCACUUCACUUGGGAGCGCUACCAUAUGCAGUGGGACAACUUGGCUUAAACUGUCCCAUUUAUGCCACAUUACCAGUCUACAAAAUGGGACAGAUGUUCAUGUAUGACUUAUAUCAAUCACAUCGGAAUAUGACUGAUUUUGAUCUCUUUACAUUGGAUGAUGUAGAUACAGCAUUUGACAGAAUAACACAAUUAAAAUACAAUCAGAGUGUAGAUAUGAAAGGUAAAGGCCUAGGACUUAAAAUAACACCCCUGCCAGCUGGUCAUCUACUUGGUGGAACAGUCUGGCGUAUAGCAGCCCCUGGGGAGGAAGACAUAGUAUAUGCGCCAGACUUUAAUCAUAAGAAGGAAAGGCAUUUGAAUGGCUGUGAGAUUGAGAAGAUAAUGCGACCUUCAUUGUUGCUAUUAGGAGCUAUGAAUGCUGACUAUGUGCAGCAAAGAAGGAGGUUGAGGGAUGAAAAACUUAUGACAACAAUUUUAACAACACUAAGAGGCGGUGGAUCAGUUCUAGUUUGUACAGACACGGCUGGUAGGGUUUUGGAGUUAGCCCACAUGUUGGACCAACUCUGGAGGAACAGAGAUUCUGGACUUGUGGCUUAUUCAUUACUACUUCUGUCUAAUGUUAGUUAUAAUGUUGUGGAGUUUGCUAAGUCACAGAUUGAGUGGAUGAGUGACAAACUAACUCGCGCGUUUGAAGGCGCCCGCAGUAACCCGUUUGCGUUGCGGUACUUACAUCUCUGUCAUUCUGUCGCUGAGGUCACCAGGACCCCAGGACCUAAGGUGGUUCUCUCGUCCUUCCCAGACCUUGAAACGGGAUUCGCAAGAGAUCUAUUCUUAUUAUGGGCUUCGCAAUCGCAGAACUCGAUAGUAUUGACUGCGAGGACAUCUCCUGGGACAUUAGCCCGCGAUCUCAUAGACAAAGGAGGCGAUCGGACCAUAGAGCUUACAGUUCGUAGACGCAUUAGGCUAGAGGGCGCUGAACUAGAAGAGUUUAUGCAACAACAGAGGACCAAAGUCAAGGAUCCUGUCAAAGAAGAAGUAGGGGGUAUUUCCUCAGACUCAGAAUCGGAUGGGGAACUGGAAAUGUGGGUGGUGACGGGGCGACACGAUAUCCCCGUGCGUUCGGAAUAUAGGCAGGGUGGAUGUUUCAAGUCCAACAAACGUCAUCACGCCAUGUACCCAUGCCACGAAGACCGCACGCGGGCGGAUGACUACGGAGAAAUUAUACGGCCGGAAGAUUAUAGAUUAGCUGAGAUAGUGGACGCGGAGGGUGAAAUACGCGACGUUCCCCCCGCCCCACCGCAGAAACCGGAACCAGAAGAGGAAAUAAUAGAAAUACCAAGCAAAUGUGUCUCGUCCGUCCGCCAAGUGGCAAUACGCGCUAACAUUCAGUACAUCGAGUUAGAGGGUAGGUGCGACGGAGAAUCGCUGUUGAGGGUAGUUGCACACGCGAAGCCGCGCGCCAUUGUCGGUUUGAGGGCGGGGACUAGCGCACUAAAUACAUUACGAAAACAUUGCGAGAACGAGGGAAUCGAGAAGAUCUUCACUCCUGGCAAGGGUGAUGUUGUGGAUGCUACAACAGAAUCACAUAUUUACCAGGUGAAACUAACGGAUGGUCUGAUGUGUGGCAUUUCUUGGAAGAUAGCGGGAGAUGCUGAACUCGCCUGGCUAUCGGCCACAGUUGCUCCUCCCAGGGCCAGAGAUGCCAACAGCGAAGAAACAGUCCUCGAUGACAUGGUGGCGUUGGAGGCAAGUCAGGCCAAUGGCGUCGGCCACGCAGCCACAUUCAUCAAUUCCUUGAAACUGUCUGAACUCCGUAGCGCCCUGGCGAAGCACGGUCUCAACGCGGAGUUCAAUUCUGGGGCGUUGGAGUGCUGCAACGGAACAAUAGCUAUUCGGAGGUUGGAUAAUGGUCGCGUCGCACUCGAGGGCGUGCUUUCGGAGGAGUAUUUCAAAGUUAGAGAGCUGCUCUAUGACCAGUUCGCUAUUGUCUAG